UGCUAACUGCUACUUCUCAUCUUCGUCGUCUUCUUUCCUUCUAAAGUCCCUAUUAAUUCUUCUUCCACUUUUCCCCAAAUUUACUGCUGCUCCUCACUUUCCGCCUCUGUCUGCUACAGAGUAUAUGCACUGUACUGCAUAUUACGUCCGUAAUGGCGUCUGAUGAAGCUAAUGGUAAAGGCUUUUUUAUGCUUCAAGUCAAAUCUCUAAGCGGCCUCCCAAUCUCAACCCCGGGUACACGGAGAAGUUCCUUCAUGGGCCAAAUCUUGCUCAGAGUCCUCGCCGUUGGCUUCACCUUGGCCGCCAUUUCAGUCAUGAUCACCAGCUCCGAAUCUGUUACUUUGUUUGGGUUUAGGUUUACUGCUCGUUACAGCUACUCUUCUUCCCUCAGGUUCUUGCUGGGUGCAGAUGUUGCAGUUUGUUGCUUCUCUAUACUCUCAUUGAUCUCGGUUUGCCUUCUAAGACACUUAAACUCACAUCACAGGACCAGUUAUUUUCUUCUCUUUUUGCAUGAUUUGGUGAUGAUGCUGUUGAUGAUGUCCGGGUGUGUUGCUGCAAGUGCAGUUGGUUACGUGAGCAAAUAUGGGGAAGAGAAGAUUGGCUGGAUGGCUGUUUGUGAUCAUGUGAACAAGUUUUGCGAUCAAAUGUUAUUAUCUCUUGUGUUUUCUUACUUGACUUUCUUUUCCUACUUGUCUCUCACAAUUAUGGCUGUUACCAAACUUAUGGCUAAAUCUACUGACUGAGGGACCAAGUUGCAGAAAUGUUAGAGGUGGAUGAGUAAAGGCCAAAGGGAUUUACCACCUAACAUAGGCUUUGCUCUUGAAUAUAUUUUUCUCUGUGGGGGGGGGGUGUGGUAGGUUCAAAUUUAAGAUAGUAAUUUCCCCUUGUAGAAAUGCAGGAUUCUACUUGUUUUCUUUCGUCUUAAGUUAGAUCUUGUAAGAGAACGCAGAUAAUUAAUAUAUUACUUUAUGCUAUAUAUGCUACGAUUUUUGAACUUUUGAUUAUCAA